AUGUUGCCUUUCGUUUUGGUAUAUCUGUUCGCCCAGAGCGCAAUCGCCUUGCCAACGGCACUCGUCAACUUUGUAGACGUCAAUGAAGCAAGACCAGUCAUUGACAAUGGCCAACUUGUCUCCAAGGCAAUGACCGACAAAGCCUUUGAGCUGAUCGAUGGAGCUGAUAUUCCUCUGUACGCUCAAAUGGUGAUCCAGAGCGUCAAUGACCAAGCCAACAGUGGUGACGCUGCUUCCCAGGCCUCCGCUGUCGUUCUUGCAAUCAACGCUAUUGCUGAACUCGCCAGUGGCAUCCCUGGUGAUGCUUGCGAAUCUGCUGCUUUAGUGAACGCCUACGCCUACGCCGUCAGCACUGGAAACAAUGCUGGCCUGAGAUCAGCUCUUAUCAACUACGUACAACGCAUCAACGCCAACAUCGACACAAUCGUGAGACUUGUCAACAACCCUGACUCCGUCCGAUACUCGUCUGGACCACGAGGUAACUGCAUCGGUGGAGGCAGAAGCUACCAAUUUGAGGAAGCCUGGGAUGACAUCUUAAACAACGCUAAUCCAUUCCAGAUUGGUCUCCUCAACGAAGAAUACUGUGCAGCUAAGCGCAUGUACACCGCUUCGAGCAUCAGAAGCAACAAUCUCGCAGCCACAGUAACCGCUUCCCUUAGCCGUUACGUCAACCAAAUCGGCCAGAAUGCUCUUGGACCACUCGCUGAGUUCUUGAGAGCAGCCGCCAGUGGUGGAAAUGUCAACGCAAGCGCUGGAAACGCCAAAGCAGCUCUUUCCAGGGCUCUUGGCAGAGUACAAUACUGA